UGCUUUCACGCACAAUGUAACUGUUCUGCCUGUAGUUAGAUGAGGAACGGGAUACAUGCAAAGGUGAAUUAAAUCUAAAUAUUAUAUUAGGUAAAUUAAAAUUGAUUUUUGAUAAUAGUUUUGGACUAGACAUAUACAUUGCCGUUAAGAAUAUUUACCACACGGUCAAUAUAUUUCUGAUAUCUUGGAUUCCAUAUCUGAGACGCAUACUCCAACUGGCUCCUGACAUAAAUGCAAUAUAGUAUUUUAACACGUUAACCGCCGCGUAGGUCACCGGUGACCUACGUUAGCGGAGGAUUUGCCUUCAGCUGUUUUCUUCUUUACAUCAGAUAAUUUUUUGAAAGACUCAUUAUUAAUCCAAGCACUUUAGAUGCUUUUUGACUAUUGCAUUGAUAUGUGUAUCGAAAACCAAUUUAUUGUCUUGAUGGAUGCCUAAGUCACAGAUAGUAGUGCACCUUGGUAAGGACUGACCCGCUAGAGUAAGUAUAAUUAUGGUCAGUGCACUUUCUAGUGUAAGUGACUGCGGAACACUCUCUACGGAUCUCAACCCAUCUAGGGUUGAGAUCUAGUUUAUUAAUCUGACAAUACUCUUCAAGCCGAUGCAAAUCCGUGUGAAGUGCACGACCAUCGUCAGGUGUUGAGAUAGUAGCUGACAGUUUCAUGUCGUCAGCAAAACAUAAAAGUUUGGAUGUAUGAAAGCUUAUGCUAGCAAGAUUGCUGCUUACUGCUGGAAGUAAAAUUUUGGCAGAUUUUAUUUUCCAUACAUAAUUGCCAAGCCCGAAUUUUAUAUUGUAAAAGAAAAUUUAUAAAAUAAGUUACAGACCUUUUAACUAGCCACCCUGUGUAACGUAAGGCAUAGUAAGGAUGGUCUAGGUCCACCACCUCGUUUAGAUCACAAAGUAACUUAUUGGUAGUUACCUAAUACAAUUCUUUCAUGACCGACCGACCGACCUGUCUUACCGAAGUAAGCUUCGGUAAAGGGUUAAGACCCUACAGCCGAGUUCGUACAAGCAGUUAGUCCGGUGAGAGGGCAACAGCUGUGAGGUGUGUGUAUGUAAUGUAAGUAGUGUCUGCAUACACAGUUAGAGCGGGUCGGGGCUCCGGGGCUCCGGGGCUCCGGGGCUCUGGGAGGCUCGCGCGGCCACAUAGCUUUCGGCGCACAAAUAAACAAACCAGUUCCGGCGCCCCCCGCUCCGCCCUGCGCUAUCUGCCCCCGCACUCACCUGCAGCCUCCGCGCCGUGCCCGUUUAAUGCACGAAAUGAACUUUGGUAUCUGUAUCCGUGCCGCUGUGCCUACAAUCCGUUUUCGUCGAGCCUCGAUCAUCGCACGUAAUAUAUUCGUGUGGUCCGCGCUGUACUCGCCCAACAUCUUCUGUGCGCGUGUGUCUUUUCAAAGAGACAGAAACAUUCAAUCCUUUCGGUAAUGCUGCUAAUUAUUUUGGUGAAUGCUGGAGAGUUAUUAAAGUUUCUAGCCCAAAAGUAGGUGUCGGUGCGGCGGGGGUGGCGGGGGGUGGCGGGGGCCGGGGCUGGUGGGGCGGCGGCCGGGCGGCGGCAGUACGCGGGUGUGUGCGAGCGCGAGUGGUCGCCGUCUUGCGUUGAGAGCGGCGCGGCCGCGGACUGUGAUGCGAGCGCGCCGCCCGCCAUGGCCACGCUCGGCCUCUCCAAGGUGUUCAUUCUCGACAAGUACUUCACUGAGCUGCAGCGGUUUUGGGAGACGGAGAAGAAGCUGCAAGACGCGUCGUCGUCCAACGAGGCCGUGCACCUCCAGCGGCGCCUGCUGUGUCUGAGCUCGGACCUCGUGUCGCUGCGCAACCACCUGCUGGUGGGCGCGGCCGGGGGCGCGGCCGGGGGCGCGGGGCAGCCCGCCGUGCCCCCGCGCGCCCCGCACCUGCUGCCGCCGCCCCCCGCCGCGCAGCCGCCCGCGCCCCCCGCCCCGCCCGCACCCUCGCCAGAGAGUCGCUGGCCGCAGUCGAAGCAGGCGGCGGCGGGCGCGGCGGGCGCGGGGGGCGCGCUGGGCGGCGGGGGCGCGGGGGGCGCGGCGGCCGACGUGGAGGACCUCAUCCACCUGCGCGGCCCGCUGACGGAGGACGCCGUGGUGCGCGCGCUGCAGGCUCGCUUCUACCACAACAAGUUCUAUACCAUGAUCGGGCCCGUGCUGGUGGCGGUGAACCCGUACACGGACGCGUGCAACGCGCUGACGCUGACGGCGGCGCGCGCGCAGCGGCCCGAGCUGGCGCGGCUCGUGGCGGACGCCGUGCGCCACCAGGCCGACACGGGCUACCCGCAGGCCAUCAUCCUGUCGGGCGUGGCCGGCUCCGGCAAGACGUACGCGUCCAUGGUGCUGCUGCGGCGCCUGUUCGACGUGGCGGGCGGCGGGCCCGAGACCGACGCCUUCAAGCACCUGGCGGCCGCCUUCACCGUGCUGCGCGCGCUCGGCACCGCCGCCACGCCCGCCAACUCGCACUCCAGCCGCAUCGGCCACUUCAUCGAGGUGCAGGUGACGGACGGCGCGCUGUACCGCACCAAGAUCCACUGCUACUUCCUGGACCAGACGCGCGUGGUCCGGCCGCCGGCCACGGAGCGCAACUACCACAUCUUCUACCAGAUGCUGGCGGGGCUGGCGCCCGACGAGCGCGCCCAGCUGCACCUGGAGGGCUACUCGCCGCAAGACCUCAGGUACCUGGCGGCGGUGCACCCGCGGCGGCCUGAGCCCGAGGACGCGGCGCGGUUCCACGCUUGGAAGACCUGUCUCGUCAUACUCGGCAUACCUUUCUUGGACGUCGUGCGCGUACUGGCCGCCGUGCUACUGCUCGGCAACGUACAGUUCGCGGAGGCAAGCGACGGCUCGGCUGAGCCCGCCAGCGAGGCCGAGCUGGCCGCCGCCGCCGCCCUGCUGGGCGUGGCGGCGCCCGCCCUGCUGCGCGGGCUCGUGUCCCGCGCCGCGCCCCGGCGGGCGGCGCGCGCGCCCGCCACGCCGGCGGCGGCGGCGGCGGCGCGCGACGCGCUGGCCAAGGCGCUGUACUGCCGCACGGUGGCCACCAUAGUGCGGCGCGCCAACUCCCUGAAGCGGCUGGGCUCGACGCUGGGCACGCUGUCAUCGGACUCCAACGAGUCGGUGCACAACCAGGACGCGGCGUCGCGGCGCACGUCGUCGGCGGGCGGCAGCGCGGGCGGCGGCGCGCGCAGUCGGGCCGGGGCGCGCUCCAUGGCGGCGCUCAACGACGCCGUGCGGCACGCCACGGACGGGUUCGUGGGCAUCCUGGACAUGUUCGGCUUCGAGGACGCGGCGCCCAGCCGCCUGGAGCAGCUGUGCGCCAACCUGUGCGCGGAGACGAUGCAGCACUUCUACAACACGCACGUGUUCAAGUCGGCGGCCGAGUCGUGCCGCGAGGAGGGCGUGGCGUGCGCGCUGGGCGUGGAGUACGUGGACAACGUGCCGUGCAUCGACCUGGUGUCGUCGCUGCGCGGCGGCCUGCUGGCGGCGCUGGACGCCGAGUGCGCGGCGCGGGGCUCGCCCGACCACUACGUCGCCAGGAUCAAGGCCGCGCACAGAGGUCACCCGCGGCUGGCAGAGGCGCGGCCGCCGCACCCGCGCCGCUUCGCCGUGCGGCACUACGCCGGGGACGUCACCUACGACGCCGCCGACUUCCUCGAGGCCAACCGAGACGCCGUGCCCGACGACCUGCUCGCCGCCUUCGACACCAGAACCUGCGAGUUCGGGUUUGCAACGCAUCUAUUCGGAGCCGAGCUGAAGGCUCUGAGCGCGGCGGGCGGGCCGACGGGCGGGCAGUUCCGCGCGUCGCCGACGGUGGCGGCGGCGCUGGACGCGGCGGGCGCCAGUACGCUGACGCAGGACUUCCACACGCGCCUCGACAACCUGCUGCGCACGCUGGUGCACGCGCGGCCCCACUUCGUGCGCUGUCUGCGCGCUAACUCGCAGGAGACGCCCAUGUUGUUCGAGCGCGCCGCCGUCGCCAGACAGGUCCGCGCGUUACAAAUCUUAGAGACGGCGCAGUUGAUGGCGAGCGGCUACCCGCACCGCAUGCGGUUCCGCGCCUUCAGCGGGCGCUACCGGGCGCUGUGGCGGCGCGGCGCCGAGCGCGAGUCGGGCGCGGCGUGCGCCGCCGUGCUGCGCGCCGUGCAGGCGGCGGCCGCGCCCCCCGCGCCCGCCUCGCCCGCCGCCGUGCGCUGGGCGCUCGGCAAGCGACACGUCUUCCUCAGCGAGGGCAUGCGCCAGGUGUUAGAGAGAAUGCGCCGAGCGAGGCGCCAGGCGGCCGCCGAGUGCAUCCAGGCAGCGUGGCGCCAGCACCGCGCGCGCGCCGCCCGCGGGCCGCCGCCGGCGCCGGCGCCCGCGUCGCUGGCGCCCGCCCGCCCGCGCCCGGCGCCCAUCGCCGGCACGCCCCCCCCGGAGCCCGGGGACAAGUGCGACCCGACGCUAGUGAAGCGAACAUGCUCGCUUUUUGGCCUAGACCUGGAGCGGCCGCCGCCGCUGCCGCCGUCGCGCGCGUACACGGUGGCGGGCGGCGUGAAGCUGGGCUACCCGCAGUCGCGCACCGUGGGCUGCGACUGGCUGGCGGGCGGCGUGCGCCUGCGCGCGGGCGACGUGGUGCUGGCCGUGGGCGCGGCGCGGCGCGGCUGCGUGGCCGUGCAGGCCGCCGGCCGCGCGCUGUGCGUGCCGCACCACGUGCUGGCGCCCGCGCGCGCGCGCCCGCCGCCGCCGCCCGCGCCCGCGCCGCCAAUGGCCGCGCCCCCGCCCCCGCAAGCCGCGCCCCCGCCCCCGCAGGCCGCGCCCCCGCCGCCGCCGGCUCUCGCCUGA